AUGCCUCCCCCCGAGUCCCGCCCCCUCCUUAUUCCUCAAAACCGCAAGCUUCGUCAUCUUCGAGGCAUCUACCUGCGAAACCUGAGCUUCAUUCGCCCUCGAGGCCACACCAUUGAUGACACUGCUGUGAACAAGACAUCCUCGAAGCUCGAAUCUCUUCGCGACACUCCUCAGCUCCAACAUGCUCUCUCCAGCGACAAUCUGCGACCCAAAGCGCUGCGCCGCCGCAGCACUGCUCUGGCCCAAGCUACACCAAUCACGAGACAGCGGAUGCUACAGUUGACCAUCGACGGUAGGGCCGCCGAUGUCUUCUUCUCGCUGCAUUGCGAAGGCGAAGAUGAGCCAGUCUAUAUUAGUGAAAUGCAGGAGCAUGCGACGAACUUCAACUUUCAAUUCUUCGAUCUCAACCACCAUGGCCCCUCUGUCACCCGCUCCCCGGUGAUGACGAUCAAGAUCUGGGCGAAGCGAACAGCAUGGACUUUGCUGCUUCAAGAUACAAUCGAUCUCCGAAGUCUCCAUUUCAUCGGCAGCCUCCAGAAUCGCAAAUUCCCGCCCAACGGCCUCAUCUUCCACCUUGCCGACGGUAUAUACUCGCUCGAUGUCCCGGCCAAGCCCACGCACCCGAAGGAGCUGCCACCCCUCCACACAUCUUCUUACAACGCUCUGAUGAAGCUCGCGACUCUGGACAACUCUAUCCAGGACGCCAUUGCGACACAGGAGCAGCUCACAUCCCAAAUCAACGACAUCCUAGAUGAGACCGCGCACAACGAGACACCAGCCGCCGAGGAGAAGGUGAAGCUGGCCAACAAAUACGUGGCCCAAGAGCUGCGAUCCUUGAAGGCAGCCGAAAAGCGGCGAGAGGAGCUACGCGAGUCUCUCAAGUCGCGUCGAGAAGCGAUUGCCCAAGGCCGCGCCCUCCAAGAUAAGCUGGCAAAGGAUAUUGUCGACGCCACAGAGCACCUAUCGGCAUCUAAAGAAGUUCUUGCCAAGACCAAGGAGACGAUUCGCGGUCAGCGACGCCGCAUUUGCGCAGACCUCGGCAACAUCUACCAGAUCACGCCCUGCCCCACGAGUGCUCCCCUCUUUUUCCAGAUCGCGGGUCUGCCCCUUCCAAAUACGAGCUACGACAGCGCCACUUCACGCGGCCCCGAUGACGACCUUCUCUCCGCCGCUCUGGGCCAUGUUGCUGCUCUCACCAAUGCGCUGCAAUACUACCUCUCUGUGCCGCUUCCAUACCCAAUCACGCCUUUCGGCUCACGGUCCCAUAUUCGCGACGAUAUAUCUCUGCUUACCGAUCUGAACUCGGUGCAGGCGGCUCGACAGCGCGAUUUCCCCCUGUACCUCCCGCGAGGUGGGUCGACCGCGGCCCAGUAUCGCUUCGACUACGGUUGGUUCAUUCUCAACAAAAAUAUUGAGGCACUCUGUGCCAGCCAAGGGUUGAAAGUCGUCGACAUACGUCAUACGUUACCCAACCUCAAGUAUCUCCUGUACGUGUGCAGCGCCGGCACCGAAGAAGUUCCCGAGCGUAAGCGAGGCGGCGUCCGUGGUCUCUGGGCGGGACGGUUUAAAGGUCGCAUCCCUUCGUCGGUGGCAGGCGUUGGCGAUGAAGACUCGAGCAGCGUCGGCGGCAGUCGCCGUGGCAGCACCGACAGCGAGGUGCUCAGCCGGCAGCGUGAUGAGCUUAGGAAGGCCAUGACCGUUCGUGACGGUGCGAAUUCCCCUGUCGACUACAACUUCACUCACGGGAAUGGUGGGUCUGCGGGCCUCCCAUUCGAUGAUUUCAAAGUGUCGCUGAGAACCAAGGGCAUGAGAGAAAACGCUGGGAAUUGA